AGAACGUAUAUGAAACCCUGAAAACGGCUCUAUCGCAUUUACACAAAGACCGUAUGAGUCUUGUCGCUUCUUAUUCAUAUACGUUCUUUGCUAUUUGUCUUAAUUUACGUUCUUGUUAUAAAGUAUUUGUCUGCGCUAAAAACGUUCGAAAAAAAUUUGUUCCAAGAGAUCCACAUUACUAUUUGGAUAAUAUUCACAUUGUUGAAAAAUAAAUGAACUAUUCCACAUUUUUCCCAAUUUGCCUCUGCACAAUUUCUCUUCCGUGUGCUCAAUUGGCACGUCUAACGUCGGCGAAAUUGCACAUUUAUCUAUAUCUCUGUAACAAAUUUGGUGAGUGUAAAUUAAAAAUGUUUCAUUCACAUUCCUGUUUGCUGCUUUUAAUUGAUGGCGCAUUUUGUGUCUAGUCAAUAUUUACAUUGGUGUGUGUACGAGUGUGCAAAGAAAGGAGAAGAAUAAAAUAGAGGGCAAAAUAAAAAUAUUUAACCACGAACUGAAGAGUUUCGGACGACAAUUCGAACAUGUCUUCACCAGCGACGAAUUCUAAUUCGGAUGACGAGCAUAGCCGUUCCAAUUGGAAAUUACAACUCAAUGCGGAUACACCUUCACCAAACUCAACCCCAACUACGCCCACUUCUUUGCACUCGUGUGCUGGCGUUGGUAGCGGCAGUGGCGGAGCACCGAAACGUAAAAGCGCCUUUCUUCCAUAUCGCCCUCAAGCUACUGUACUUACGAACUUACAACGUGGAAACACCGAAGCCACUUUUUGCCCAAUAGAAGUGACCUUGUCCUUCCACGAACGUGCUGGUCAAGGUGAGAUCACCGAGGAUCAAGUGCGCAUAAAACUCGAACGAAAUGCGCAUAAUAUUGAUUUUAGAGAUGCAGCUGGUUUCACAGCAUUGCAUUGGGCAUCCUAUUAUGGUCAGUUGGCGACCGCACGUUUACUUGUGGAUACAGGUGCUAAUGUAAAUGCAGAAGCACCUGAAAUGGUAACUCCAUUACUGCUUGCGGCCUGUGGUGGUCAUAAUGAGGUGGUUCGUUUGCUGCUAGACCAUGGUGCAAACCCGGCUCAUAUGGAUAUUGUAGGCAAUACUGCGCUAAUGUACGCUGCGGCUGGAAAUCAUCCACAUACAUGUAAUGAGCUCUUAGCGAAGGAUCCGGAUAUGACGGCCUCUAAUGAGAAUGGCGAUACGGCAUAUUCCAUAGCUGUGGAGAAUGGAGCUGUUUUGGCACAAGCCGUAUUGGAACAAUAUUUGAGUGCGUUGUUGUUACUAUAGAGUUCGAAUCGAUGAAAUAAAUGGAAAAAUUUAUAAAAACAAUCGUAUUGGUAAGUUUGUAAAAGGCGGUAGAAUUAAAACAAGUACAUAGUAUAAAAGUUGAUAUUCACUGUUUUUAAUUUGAAUUAUAUAAAAAAAACUUUAAGGAAUAUAUUUUAUGGGAUAAUUUUUCAUGAAUUAGAAAAUAAAUAUUACAAAAAUCUAACUUUAGAAGGUUUAUGAUACUCACGCUCAAAAAUACAUAUGUAUUUCCAAGAAAAUUUCGAUUUCACUUGGUUAUGAAUUGUGAAUAGUCCUUGAUAGAAGAACAAAACCGGGCUAAAUUUCUAUUACGUGAGCGAAAGAAAGUUAAAUUAAUUGAUUCUCGCUAAAUGUAAAUCUCAAAUCAUUAUAAUAAGUAAGCAUUAAUGUCUCUGAAAAAAACAGUGUACAUCCUGCGCAAAUAAUUUCCAUGUUCUUACUUGUAAAUUCACCUCCGACACGCCCUAAAUGCAUAAAUAUCAACUUUAAAUUACAUACAGAACGUCUUUUAGCGACAACUAUGUAUGUAUGUAGAAAUAUUUCAUACAUGCGGCAGGCCGGUAGCGGAGGGGAUCGCCAUAAGUAGCACUUCCGUUUAUCAGUGCAAAUUGCAGACAGUCUUUGAUGCUGUCGCCUAUUUUCUCUUCGUCAAUUACUAUAUGCCCUCCUCAGUUAGCGAGUAAAAAUGUAAUGUAUUUACGCAUUUCACGACGCAAUUAUUAUAGUCACAACAAUACACAUAUGUAGGCAUGUGUAUGUAUAACGAAUACAACUGCAUCAUUAUUUUCAUAUGAGAAUACGAUGUCCCUCCCACUACACCACCACUAAAGUGCAUUACAUAUCAAAAUAGUUUUGUUUCAUUUCUUGUGCUGUGUAUAUAAGUACAUAUACAUAUGUAUAUGUAUAUGAUGCAGUCACUAAAAUUCAUUCAUACACUUGGGUCUACAAAAUACAGCAUCAAGCUACUUAAACGUAUAUACGUUCGGUCACCCAAUCGUCCGCACGCCUAUCAACCCGCAUGCUGUUCUGGCUAUGCAUACAUACAUAUGUAAAGUGGAUCGCCAUUGAGUGCACGAAACAGACCUCCGAUACGUUCAUGCCGUCUUUUACUGAUUGUUCGUCACCUAUCUUUUUAAAGCUUUAUUAGUGGAAAUGCAUGUCCGUACCACUUCCUGACGAAUUGGUAUGGUUUAUUUUGUUUUUCAAUUGAUGAAUUGAUGAAAUGGAAAUUAAGUUUUGGCUGAGUGGCACUGGUUUCAUAGCUAUUGUAUAUGUACCGGAUUAAAUGUUACUAAAAUAGAUAAGGAUUAUCCCCAGAAAAGAAUAAGAAUAUUAUUAUGAUACAAAAAUUUUAUAUAUAAUUAUUACUUCUUUCGUCUAAUUAAGAAGUGAUUAGCUAUCUAAUUAAUUCAUUCCAACCGCAACGAAUUUUUUCAAGUCGAAAAAUCAAAGUAAACAUGAAAGAUUUACUCAUAAAAAUAUUAGUAUGUAAUUACCUCAAUUCUUAAGCAAACUCUUUGAAACGACAAGGAGCGUAGUUCCAAUGAAAAUGAAAAGUUUUACUCUAUAACUUAUCACGAGAUCGGACCCCUUUCAAUAUUCAUUCAGCCCAUGCAGGAGUUUCUUCUUUUUUUUUUUAAAUACCGCACUAGCCGCAAUUCAAUUAGACACAAAUAUCCGGUUUUCAACCCAAAACAUUCAAUCCAUAGAAUGUAGAAAACCAUUCAAACAAUUUAGUGCCAUCGAACAUUGCGCGCACACUUCCUCACAUAACUUCCAAUAAUAAUUGUCAUCAUAAUUCCUUUUACAUUCAUAUCUCUGUAGAUAGCUCUGUUAUGUUUACAUAUUUCUCCUCAACGCUUACGUUUAUGCUCCCAUUGAGUAAAUUGGUUUGCAUAAUUGCCCCUUCGUUUUAAACGUUUCCACCACCUUCAUCACACCAAUGGCUGAUUGAGAAAGAGUGCUCAUGCAGAAAGCGUUGACGUCGCGCUGUUGACAGCGUCGACGUGAGUAUCGUUCGGCUGUAUUCAGUUUUUAGCGACGCUCACCAGUUGUUUGGUUCGUACAUUCGAUUUAGUUGGACGUGUUUGUAUGCUGCUGCUCUUGGCCGUUGACUUCAAUUUUAGUGGUAGAGGAAACUCAACUUCACUGCUGCUUGUUGGUAGAAAGAAAGAAGUUUUGUAUUGGCUGAUUGCCACAGCAAACAAACGCAGCGAAGAAUUUGAAGGUGUAAAACAAGUACUGAAAAAAUAAUGUAAAUUAUGUUAUUUGAACUAUUUUGUUGAAUUACAAAUAUAUUAAGAACUUGAGAUUAAAGUGGUCAACAGGAAAAAUACAUACCAAAAAAAAAAAAACAAAAACUACUUUGUGCUGUGAGAAUAAUCAAAAAAAAAAAAA